AAACUACUUUAUCUGACAGGAGUUGGAGCUUCGCCAUGUUUGUUGUCGUUUAAUAAGGGAGGUCGGGCAGUAGAAAAUUACUCCUUUUUAGAUUUUAUAAGUGAAACUCCCAAGUCUACGUUGUUGUGUGAUCGUGUUUAUUUAUGGAUUUAACAAUGUUUAGUUAAAGGGCUCAUCCGAGCCCAAAUUAAUGGUUCAAUUCCACUUUGUGACAGUGAUCCUUUGUCCUGUUAGGGGGUUGUUAGUUUGAUAUUCAUACUGGCGCGACGAAGUGCCCAAGUUGGCCCUCAGGGCCAACAAGACCUGGAGGAUGAUAUCGAGUGGGAUGAUCGAGCUGAGAAUAUAGCUGGGGACAGGUACAGUUUUGAUGAUUCUGAUCGGUUCGAAGAGGAUUCAAUGUGCAGUUGGAGCUCCGAACCUGAAAGUGUUUGCAAUAACUGGAGAGGAUGGAAAAAGCCGACAAAUGGCCAGAACGGAUUUUAUGGCGGUGGACGAAAUAACGCAGAUGGCACACCUCUAGUGCCAUCAUUAACGGAACUUGCCGCAAAAUGUGUUGCAUCCCAUAUACCUUUCGAGCUGGUAGAACAUGUGUAUCCUCCAGUGCCUGAGCAACUGCAGCUCAGAAUUGCCUACUGGAGUUUUCCUGAUAACGAAGAAGAUAUCAGGCUUUAUUCAUGCUUGGCAAACGGAUCUGCAGAUGAGUUUUCCAGGGGGGAAUACUUGCAUAGAAACCAUCUUGUAAAAGAACCUUUGCAAAUAGGUUUCCACUUAUCUGCCAGUGUGCAGCAAGUGCGAUACAACAACUCGUCUACUCCAACUUUUAAUGUCGCGGUCACCUUUGACCGCCGGCGAAUUUCCUCCUGUAACUGCACCUGCCAGUCACAAGCUUAUUGGUGUUCUCACAUCGUUGCUGUGUGUCUGACUAGAAUCCACUGGCCCCAUUUAGUUACUCUGCGGGCUCCAGUUUCCGAGUCUUUAUCCCGAUUACAUAGAGAACAACUGCAGAAGUUCGCGCAAUAUCUCAUCAGUGAAUUGCCGCAACAGAUUUUGCCAACAGCUCAGAGGCUGUUGGAUGAACUACUCGGAUCUCAGCCAUCCGCCAUAAAUUCGGUAUGUGGAGCGCCCGAUCCAACGGCCGGCGCGUCUGCUAUGGACCAAACCUCUUGGUAUUUGGAUGAAAAAACUUUACAUGACAACAUUAAAAAGAUUUUGAUUAAGUUUUGCGUGCCAGCACCGAUGGUUUUUAGCGAUGUGAACUAUCUGAGCAACGUUGCUCCACCGGCGGCCGCAGAAUGGACAUCACUGUUAAGACCCCUAAGAGGAAGGGAACCAGAGGGCAUGUGGAAUUUGCUAAGCAUUGUCAGAGAAAUGUUUAAACGAAACGAUAGGAACGCGGUUCCUCUUCUUGAAAUUAUUACCGAGGAAUGUUUGGCGUGCGAACAAGUCCUUAUUUGGUGGUUUAAUACAAAAGUUGCCCUAUUAAGUGGCAGUACGAGUCAUGGGGGCCCAGGAGGCGGCAAACACAACAACAUCAAUAGUAACACACACGCGUCCCAGCAUGCAGGCUCGUCGUUGUGCGAUGAAAUUGUUGUUUUAUGGCGACUUGCUGCUUUGAACCCGGAAUUAGCGCCGUCUGAGCGCGACAUGUUUCACAGCCAGUUUUCAUCGUGGCACCAGAAAACUUUAGAGAAGGUUUCAAAGUGCCGAAAUACAACCAACUCUUCAGCGUCUAACUACUACAAGAAUUCAUCGCUAAAGGCCGAUUUGGAAAUUUUCACCGGAUUUAAGCCCGCAAUUGACGCCUGCUAUUUAGACUGGGAUGAUUAUCCAAUGCCUGGGAUUACGUACACUUCAGACAUAAAUCCCAUGUACCAUUGUCCGUUUACGUGUUUUAGACACGGUCCUGAAAGCACCAGGGGCGAAAGCCAGGUUGCACAGGUUAAUUCUUCAAACGCGGCGUUAAAUUGUGGACAGAUUCAGCAUUCGCACCAUCACGCUCAUCAUCGACAUCAUUAUCACUCUUUCCAUAAUCAUCGAUAUGGAUUUAUGAACGUUAUGUCGCUUCAUCCUGUCGAGUAUGCUCCCCAUGCUCACAUCAGCCAGUUGAACGAAAGGGACGGUAACCGGUCUAGUGUAAGCAGUGAGGGAUUUUGUGAGGUGGAUGAUGACAUCAACGUUCUUAGAGUUCGAAGCUUUAAUGACAUCGAUUCACAAGGAGGUGGUGGUAGUGAUUCCUCCAGUAGUAGUGGAAGUAGUCGAGAUAGUAACACUCCUGUAACUAGACAGAUAGCAAGUUUGGAUAAUCCUACUGACAGCAUGAUAGAUAAACAUAUUGAUUUGAAUCCUAGCACUUCAGGGGCAGUUAGCAAGACCUGGCCAACCUAUCAAAUUCCGCAAUCGACUGAUACCGAAGAAGAGUCUAGAGUACCAUCGAAAGAAGAAUCGGGCAGUUCGUCAGAGUCGCCCAAUUCCGGAGAUGAAUACGUUGUGUAUUUUUAUAACGCCAAAGAAGAAAAUGCAUCUUUGGACCGACCCGAUAACCAACUGGCUAUAAGUCAAAGUUUGGAUAACUCAGACAGCAGAUUCGAUGUGUUUUCGGAAAUUCGAAAGUGCAAUGAUCCGUGGGACGUUUUAUUUGCUCGGGCGGAGGGUUUGCAUGCUCAUGGCCAUAACCGAGAAGCCUGUAUCUUAGGUGUUAAGCUGGCUGAGGAACUGUUGGCAAAUCCCCCCGAUUUAAUGAUAGAAGUUCCUCAAGUUCCGAAAAAGAAGGGUAAAAAACCGCAACUGAACCCGGCCACGCACCAGUUGAGCGUAUUGGCUUCCGGCACUUUAUCGAAAGGGGCUUUUCUGUGUUCCGUCCUGUCUGAGAAUCCCGAACACUUCCAUUUGGCCUUCAGGGUGGGAAUGUUUGGUUUAGAGAUGGCGCGACCACCAGCCAGCACCAAGCCCCUUGAGGUGAAAUUGGCUAAUCAGGAAACGGAUCUGGUGAAUCUGUUGAAAAAACUGCCUCUAGGCCCCAGGGAAUUGCAGAUUCUUCGAACUCGAGCUCAGGAAAUCAAAGAUAUGUUUUCAGAUGGCACCAUAAAGUCCAGAGGGGAGGCCAUGCUUCCAAUCAUGUUAGCUAGUUUCAUUUUCGAUGCUUUGGUUAUUCCAUCUAUAGUCGGCAGGGACAGAUCAAAGAUUGUUUUAAGACUGCCAACUGACGAAUCACUGGCAUACGAAGCUGCGGUUGUUGCCCUGGGUUUAAAGGCAAAUGUGUCCGAAGCCGACCAUCCGCUAUUGUGUGAAGGCACCAGACGGCAAAGGGGAGAAUUAGCGAUUGCUCUUCUAACGUUCUACAAGGAUGAUAGUUACAAAAUUUGCAGAAUCAUGGAAAAAUUGCUGGACAAAGAAGUGCAUCAAUUAAUUAAAACACCACUGAUCAGCCCAUAUUACACCAACAAUCCACCCAUUCAUCACAUGAAGGAACGAGAAGGCGAGAGUUCUGCAAUGCCGACUAGUCCAUUUAUUCCGGGCGCGGAAGGUAUUGCUACAGAAUGCAACACCGGAAGUAGACCGCACAGUUCUACCAGUGCUGAGGUCGAGCAGGGAAUGGGCGCUUUAUCAGUCGGAACUUCCAUAAAUGCCCUCGGUCAAGGUGUCAACUCAAGAACCAAGGAUGGACGGUAUAAGAAAAGAGCGUAUCCGUCCAUACCCAAUCAACCUUCUGAAGCUGGGGCUCAUUUUAUGUUUGAAUUAGCCAAAACGGUUCUCAACAAAGCAGGCGGAAGCAGCAGCACGUCGUUGUUUACACAGCCAUCGACAACUCAAACUCAUCACGGACCCCACAGGGGGCUUCAUAUGUGCGCUUUCCAAAUGGGGUUAUACGCAUUAGGUCUGCAUAAUUGCGUGAGCCCCAAUUGGCUUAGUCGAACAUACAGCUCGCAUGUGUCAUGGAUUACAGGUCAAGCAAUGGAAAUUGGAGCUGCUGCAAUCUGUUUCUUGAUUGAUACAUGGGAGGGUCAUUUAACGCCGCCAGAAGCUGCAAGUAUUGCGGACAGAGCGUCUAGAGGGUGCGAUACUAACAUGGUAAAUGCGGCAGCAAAUUUAGCUCUAUCGGUGCUGCCUCAUUCCCAUGCUCUAAAUCCGAACGAGAUUCAAAGAGCUAUUCUUCAAUGCAAAGAGCAGAGCGACGAUAUGCUGGAGCACGCUUGUCUAACGGUCGAGACUGCUGCAAAGGGGGGCGGUGUAUAUCCGGAAGUUUUGUUUCAGGUUGCGAAAUAUUGGUUUGAGCUAUAUGUGCGGUAUACUCCGGGCGGUGAACAGCUUAUCGACAUUGAAGUGCCGAUGACCGAUUGCCUUAUUGAUCCCCAUACACAAUUGGUAGCUUUGAUUGAGCAACCUGUAGGACCGGAUGUCCCUGUUACUGCUACGCCUGUUGUAGUUACAACUGCUCCUCCCCUUUAUCCGCAUGGAGCACCUCCGGUCGGAAUGUAUGUGAGUCACUACAACUUUGUACCAGCUCAUCCAGGGGCGACUGCAGGAGCUUUUGGCGGUCCUCUACAACCGAUGGGGCCAACAGCACAACAUGUACAUGUUCAGUACCAGUUCCCAUAUCCUCCACCUCCACCAGGCACACAGACAAUACCACCUUUUCCGCCACCGUUGGGACCGCCCGGAUAUGCAGCUCUACCGCCACCUCCAACGAGUCAACAGUCUCCUUUUGCCAACACGCCACCAGUAACGUCGCCGUACACGCUGCAAUCGACGUCUCAAUAUGUGGCUCACAGUCAUCCGCCCUCACAAUUUGUGACGCCUACGGUUUCCAAUCAACUUCAGCAACCGCAGGCCGCUGUUUAUUCCAGUCCACCACCUACGGGUGCUGCUGCGCCCACCACCGUCCCACAUUUACAAUAUUUUGGACCUGCGGCUUCUCAGGCUGCCAGACCUCUUCCACCACAUAUGUAUCCGCAGCCGAUACCAGGAAUAGCAGCCCAACCGUUUGUCCGACCACAUCGACCUCCGCAGCUGAAUCAAACGCAGCUGCGCUAUUUGCUGAAUGCAUAUAGAGUGGGUAUGUUGGCUUUGGACACUUUGGCACGCCGAGUUCACGAUGAUAGGCCGCAAGCCAAAUAUGCCCGGAAUCCUCCAUAUGGAGAAGAUGUAAAAUGGUUGCUUCGAAUAUCCAAGAAUUUGAGCACUCAUCAUCUUCACCACUUCUGUGUGUGUGCAUUGAAUUCGAUUGUAAGUCCUUUUGUGCUGCAUGAUGUUGCCAUCGAGGCCGCUCAACAUUUGUCUCGGAAUAAUCCGGGAUUAGUGAUGCAACAUUUACGCACUGCCUUAUUGCCGUUGGUUAGCAAGUGUCAACAAAUGUAUAUACAGUGCAUGCACCAAAAGCUAUACCACUUAACAACUACAGACUAUGAAGAUUUCAUCAGCAUUGUUCUUGCGGCAAGAGCGGCCUUCCACAUCACUCCGGAAGGGAACGUACAGUUUAAGGAAUGGUUAACUUCGAUAAGGAGAUCAAAAUCAUGCAAAAAGGAUCUCUGGCAACAAAUCAACCAAGCACUUCAAGCGAACUCUAAAUGACAAAGGCCUGAUAUCGUGUCGCAAACUAGUUGUACGUUUCGCCGGCUGUCUCUUACCGACUCCGAAAAUCUAGAUUCUAACAUGCCCUCAACGCCCACUCUUCGUCCAGUUGUUCUGACUGCGUAUUCAGAUCUUGAACAUUCUCUCGGAGACAACAAUUUGCACUCAAUGCUGCCAGACAGUGGCCAAAUGAUCUCAGUAACGAGCAGUCCAAAUGUGUUUCAACAUGUGGUUGAAAGUAACGAGCCGACGCCUACCGUUAUGGUUCCGGUCACUUUUGAGAAUUGUCCGCCUCCCCCAGCAGUGCGGAUAUCUUUGCCGGCCUUAAAUAUGCCGAGCAGAUUUUUGCCGGACAUCGAUCAUUCAACUGGUGGAUACAAUCUUCCAUGCCUGUUGGCUCCGCAGGGGCAUCCUUUGGCAAUUAGACACGAAGGCGGAUACAUUUUACCUCCUCACGUUUUAACUGAAGAAGCUGGCGCUGUAGUUAAUGCAACCAAUUCUCAUCAAAUUCUACAGGAUUUACCUCAGUCACUGAUUGCUUCUAGACUGCACCCGGUGCAGGUCCCUUUAUCUACGGAUAAUUUAGGCAUUUACAGAUUACCGAACCUAUCCAAUGAAACUGUUAGACUGGGAGCUGGAAGGAAGCCAAACAGUGGCGAAGAACAACCCGAAAUUGACCCAAGACUUCCCUCGAGGCUCGUACGACUGGAAGGACCAAGCGGAACAGGUUUGAGAAACAAUGCCUUUCGAUCAAAUAGAGAUGGUAAGAACGGAUUCUCCGACAGUUGAUUUAAAUGAAUCGAGCGGUAUCUUCAAAAAAGCAAUAUUUGCCAUAAGAUUUCAAUAGUGCUUAUUUGCGUACGUACUCUCUUUAACCGCUAGUAAGUUAGGUAAGUCUCGACCUCACUAAUUACAUAACAAAGCGGGUAUGGCGAUGUUUCAACUCGUAAUGGAACUUUAGAUAGAUAUUUAAAUGUAAUUGUGUCCAUGAGAAGUAUGCGUAGGAAAUAAGUAGUUCAAUUUUAUUUGGAUUGCACUCAAACGAGCAUAAGGCCACUGAAAUAGGUUUGAAGAUGGUAUUUCACUUCUUUUUAUUUUAUUUUAUGCGACAACAAACAUAUCAGAGCGAUUGAUUCAAGUAAAUAAAUAUACAUUUUAUUUGGACGGCUUCUGUGGCAUAUUGGGACAAUGGUUAUUUGGUUUACGGAUCGUGCGAUUUCCGUAUUUUAAAAUUUCUCGUUUUUUAAGUAUAAGUGGACCAAAAGAAUGGCAACGGUUGGCCAAUUGGCCUAAAAAAAUGCACUUGGGAUUGUGUUUAUUGAAUCGAAUAUGGAAAAAUCUAGUGUUUUUGUGUUUUCCUCAUUGAAAUGAGUUUCUACAGCACCCAAGAAAAAACGACUGUCGAUAUUGGAUAUGUAGGUUCUAUUGGUUCACUGUGCGCAUUUAGGAGUAAGGUUUAACGGAGAAAUUCUAAUUACGUAGUUUUAGUUAAAGAAUCAGAUACUAUCUUCAAACAGAGUGUUCCAGGUUUAUACAUAGCAUAGCUUUUUAAGUUACUUAAGUAACUAACAUUGGGAUAAAGCAAAAUCAUUAUCCGAUUUAAAUCUGGGACAUCCAAAAUCAAUUUAUUUAAAGUAUCUUCUGAGAUGUGGCCUAUCUUUAUAAAUCUAACGAUAUUGGUAUUUUAUCACCAUAUAAAAUGAGCACCCUGUAUAGUUCAUGAUCUGUUGAACUGUUUUAAUCUACCGAGUAUAAUAUUGCUAUAAUAUUUUUUAAAUAUAUUUGUAGACAUUUUUAGCUAAAUAUAAAAGACCCGACUAUUUAACGUUUACGAAAAUGGAUUCAGACGAUUGGUCCAGUCCGUUUUCUCAAACGAUAAAUUCGUAGUUAAGCGUAGAAUAUUCUAUGGUUGUGUUCAAAUGUGUGUUAAGUUUAUUUCAAGACUUCGACAGUAAAUGUCCCCGUUGAUAGUAAAUACGUAAUGGCAACAGAACAAAUUUUCUCCGACUUGUGUACAGCCCCAUCACCAUUUGUCUCAUUCAAGGGGAUGUUUUUGUCGCAAAACAACAAAAGGUGAUCUCAAAGGUGUGUAUAAAUUUAAAAAACUAACAAUUGACUAUUUUGACGACUCCCAGUAAAUUGAAUCUUUAGAAUUACAAGUAGGAAGUUUAGCAACGAAUGGUCCAUUUUUGAGUUUAAAUGAGCGAUGGAUGACCUGUUUUAUCAAGAUUAGCCGUUUCUAGCGUUUGCUAAACUUCCCACUUUCUCGUACAUAAACGCUGUGCCUUGAAAUUACUUAUUACAUCAUUUGUCAGAAUGUCUGAUCCCGUUAAAUCUAAUUAGGGGGCUCGUUCGACUAGUCAGUUAUCACCCAAUGCUCAUUUUGUUUCUUUCAUUUAAUUCUUAAAAAUACUAUAUUUGCUUUCAAAGAAAAACUUUUGGAAUUAAGCGAAUAUCUGUGAAUAUAUAUAAUCAUAUACAUUAGGUUUAGUUACUUCAAUAUAUUUUUUAUAUACGAAUGUGCGUGAAAGUUAUUUAAAUCGCUUCAUUUACGCAUCAAUCUAUUGUAGUAUUACAAUAUAACGUAAUUCGUAUUGUUAUUGUCCACUGUAUUCUUAACUUCGUAAUAAAACAUUUUUCUUAUCAUG